ACGACUUUAUAAUUAACGCCAUUUACUACUUUCUUCAUCACCGCCACCAUUUACGACUUCUCCAUGGCUAUUGCUAACGAACUUGUCACAGAGCUCGAGACCUUAAUACGAGUCUACAAAGACGGCUCGGUGGAGAGAUGCCAAGCUCCGAUUGUCCCACCGUCGCUCCAAGAUCCUGAAACCGGUGUCUCAUCAAAAGACAUCACCAUCUCUGCAAACCCUCCCAUCUCCGCCAGAAUAUACCUCCCCAACCUAUCCGAUCCUUCCCCACAAAAGCUCCCCGUCCUCGUCUACUUCCAUGGCGGUGGCUUCUGCAUAGAAUCCGCCUUCAACUUAACGGAAACCACAUUCACAAACAGUCUCUCCAGAGCCGCAGCACAUCCGGCGGCUCUAACCCCAACCAUGGCUGCACCUACACCGGCUGUGGAGUCCGUCCAGUGCUUUGGACGCAAGAAAACGGCGGUGGCCGUCACCUACUGCAAGCGCGGGAAAGGACUGAUCAAGAUCAAUGGCUGCCCCAUCGAGCUUGUGGAGCCGGAGAUCCUGCGACUCAAGGCCGUUGAACCAAUCCUACUCUUCGGACGUCACCGCUUCAACGGAGUGGACAUGAGGAUUCGCGUCAAAGGUGGAGGGCACACCUCACAGAUCUACGCGAUUAGGCAGAGCAUCGCCAAGGCUCUUGUCGCCUACUACCAAAAGUUUGUGGAUGAGCAGCAGAAGAAGGAGAUUAAAGACAUCUUGGUGAGGUACGAUAGGGCUCUGCUCGUCGCUGAUCCCAGGCGGUGCGAGCCCAAGAAGUUCGGUGGUCGUGGCGCCAGAGCUAGGUUCCAGAAGUCUUACCGUUGAAGUAUUAGAAAGAAGAACGUUCUUCUUAUGGUGGUUUUGUCUCAUUUUUUAGCCCUUUUAAUGUUCAACUGCAUUUACUUAUAUUAUGUUGUUCGCAGUUAUUCAAUGCUAGAAAUGUUUUGAUUCUAAUUUUCCAAUGCAAAUUUUAUUCUAUCUUGCUCAAAAGUUUGGAUUUGGUUCUGGAUGGUAGUUGUUCUUAUUGGGAUUUGUUUUAUGUACAUAUGCUUUAGCUAAAUGUGCACUUUAGAAGAAUCUAGUUCUGCAAAAAGAUGUCUCUUUUAGUUAUUUUUGGCUUUUAAAACUGGCUCAAUUGUUUGUGAAUUCCUGCUUUAAGGCUGAACUCUAGUGAUACUGUUUGAUGUUAACAGGGCCAAAUGCAUGUGCUUGAUGGGUAUUGAAUUUCAUUCUGUUUUGUUUUGACAUUUGUUUUUCCCAAAUAACUGGAUGGUAGUAUU